AAGUCGAGGCCAAGAAAGCUUGUGACUGGCUGCGUGCAGCAGGAUUUCCUCAGUAUGCACAACUUUAUGAAGACUCGCUGUUCCCUAUUGACAUCGCGUCCGUGAAGAAAGACCACAGCUUUCUGGACCAGGAUUCCCUCAAAUCCCUUUGCAGGAGGCUGAUGACACUGAACGCAUGUGCCUCUAUGAAGCUGGAAGUCCACUUUCAGCGUAAACAGAAUGAAGACUCAGAGGAAGAAGAUCUUUGUGCCAUCAGCGACCGAUGGGCCUUCCAGAGGGACAGCAAAAGGUGGUCCAGAAUUGGCUCUGUCGACUUUCUCUCCCACAGUCCAGAGGUGCUGAACUCCACCAUGCGGCAGACAUCCAGCCGUGAGAGCAUCCUUACAGACCCUAGUGCCAAUCUGGAAGCCACUUCGCUCCACAGCAAUACCAGCACAGGCAGCACUGGCGGCACAGUUGGCAUUGUGGUCAUCCCGCCUGACGUGUCACCGAGCCAGGACUCUCCAAACAUCACCAAAUCCAGCCAGAGCUUGAGUGACCACUCCGUGACAAACCAAUCCCCAAACCAGAGUGGGAGUUCUAAGGACAAGUCCAAGAAGCGGAGGUCCCGCAGCUUCCUAAAAAGGAUCGAGUCUUUCCGAAGGAAGGACAAAGAGAAAUCUGACUCCAAAGCAAAGGAUGCCGCUAGUGGCGGGACAGUGACCAAACCAGGGUGGGACUCUGCGAAGAGUAAUGGGGACCUUACUGCUGCCACGACCACCUCCCCCAAAAGAGGAAUGUCCUCCUCUUUCCAUGGCAACAAACACUUUCUCUCAGUGGGAUAUAGGACUAAUCGCAUGUCAAACUCGGGCGAGAGGAAGCCGGGCUCUGAACUGAGACGCGGUGCGGUCUAUCUGGAGGACUAUGAAACGGGCCUGAAAAAUAGCCCCAGCUGGGCUGCUGGAGAACUGCACCAGCGGCACGUGUACAAGGGCGACUGCCUGAUCCACCUCCCUGGGGACCACAAGCCGGGGACUUUCCCCAAAUCUCUCUCCAUCGAAAGCUUGUGUCCUCUCGAUGGCAGCCCUUUGGCCCACUGGAAAGCUGGGAACAAAGCGGUGGGACUUUUGGGGUGUGGAGUGGGUGGCAGCAGCAGCAGCAUGGACGACUCCUCGCCACGGGGCUUUGCGUGCCGGCAGAGGCGGGGCUCCUGCAGCUCUGUGGGCAGCCGGGCGAGCGUGUACGACAACGUGCCCGAGUUUGGCAGCAGCGAAGAUUUCUUCAGCAUGGAUGGGGAGGUGAGCUACAAAAACCUCGAUGACAUCUUGCAGGACGUCUGGGGGCUGCAGCGGAAGGUGGAGCUCUGGUCUAAGGCACUCAGCCCCGACCUGGAUGAGGAGGGAGAGGGGGAAGGGGAGGAGGAGACGGACUCAGGAGGGGAGCCCACCUUCCCCUCCAACCUGAACUUCGAAGAGCAGUCCAUGUCCGACGUGGGCACCUCUGCCAGCGACUUCGACAGCACGGGCAACUCCUUGAAUGAGGCGGAGGAGAUCGAGAUGAGAGAGCGCAGGGAUUCAGGUGUGGGAGCGUCCCUCACCAGACCUUGCAGGAAGCUACGCUGGCACAGUUUCCAGAACUCCCAUCGUCCCAGCUUGAACUCUGCCUCCUUGGAGAUCAACCGCCAGUCCUCCGCUCAGCUCAACCUGCUGCAGAAGUGCUCUCUGCUUCGCCUCACCGCCAUCAUGGAGAAGCACUCUGUGCCUCACAAGCAGACCUGGGCCUGGACUGUCCCCAAGUUCAUGAAGAGGAGCAAAGCCCCCGACUACAGGGACAAAAUGGUCUUUGGGGUCCCGCCAAUCAUUAACGUGCAGAGGACAGGGCAGCCUCUGCCGCAGAGCAUCCAGCAGGCCAUGCGCCACAUCCGCAGCCAGUGCCUGGACCAGAUUGGCAUUUUCCGGAAGUCGGGGGUGAAGUCUCGGAUCCAGGUGCUGAGACACAUGAACGAAGCCUCCCCCGACAACGUGAACUAUGAAGGGCAGUCGGCCUACGACGUGGCUGACCUGCUGAAGCAGUAUUUCCGCGACCUGCCAGAGCCCAUCUUUACCAGCAAGCUCACUGACACCUUCCUGCAGAUCUAUCAGUUUGUCCCUAAAGAGCAGAGGCUGCAAGCUGUCCAGGCAGCCAUCAUCCUGAUGCCAGAUGAGAACCGGGAAGUGCUGCAGACAUUGUUGUACUUCCUGAGUGACAUUGCCUCAGCUGAGGAGAACCAGAUGACAUCUGGGAACCUGGCGGUGUGUCUGGCCCCAUCCAUUUUCCACCUCAACGUGUCCAAGAAGGAGAGCACCUCACCCAGGAUGAUUCAGAAGAGAGGCACCGUGGGAAAGCCUGACCAGAAGGACCUGAAUGAAAACAUGGCUGCCACCCAGGGGCUCUCCCAUAUGAUCACAGACUGUAAGAAGCUGUUCCAGAUACCCCACGACAUGAUGCUUCAGCUGGGCAACUCCUACGUGGCAGCAGACGCCCACCCGCUCUCGCUGGCUGAGCUGAUGAGCCACAGCUUGCAAGGGGAGGGCAAGGAUUUCCAGGCUUAUUUGGAAGAUAACGUGCAGAAUCUGCUCAAAGAGUCCUCAGAGAAGUUCAAAGGGUGGCUCAGCACCGCAGGGCCCCAGAACACAGAGCUCUCGUGCAAAAAGGUUGGUGACGGACAUCCACUGCGCUUGUGGAAAGUCUCCACAGAGAUGGAGGCCCCUCCCUACACGGUGCUGCAGAGGGUACUUCGGGAGCGUCACCUCUGGGAUGAGGACCUGCUGCAAGGCGAAGUGAUACAGGCCCUGGACGAGAACAUGGAGGUUUAUCACUAUGUCACGGACAGCAUGGCGCCCCACCCCCGCAGGGACUUCAUCGUUCUCAGGAAAUGGCGCACGGACCUACCGCGAGGGGCUUACCUGCUGGUCUCCAUGUCACUGGAACACGAAAAGCUGCAGGUGGAAGGAGGGGUCAGGGCCAUGGUGUUAACAUCUCAGUAUCUGAUUGAACCGUGCGGGAUGGGUCGGACCAAAGUGACCCACGUCUGCAGAGCUGAUCUCAGGGGCCGGUCUCCUGAGUGGUACAGCAAGGUCUUUGGACAACUUUGUGCCAUGGAGCUGGCAAGGAUACGAGAUUCUUUCCCGGUGCUUAGUCCAUGUGGCCCUGAGACAAAGAUUUGA